AUGGAUUUGCUAAUCGGUAAGCUAGACAAGCUGCAGGAAAAACUGCUGGACAUCGAACGGAAUCAAAGACCGAACGAAAGCUACCGGAACCUGGAGGCUGCAGAGUCUGGCAGUAAGACGAACGAAAACGACCUGCGUGCCAAGUUGGAGGAAAUGGAACGAAGCAGUAUGGUACGACACCACGAUCUUGAAAGAAAGCUGGAUAAGAUGGAACGUGAAAUGAUGGCGAGCAAAAUAGUUUACUUACAAGACAAACUGCAGGACAUAGAGCAGAUGCAGAAGACCAGCGAAAGCUUUCGUGCGGGGCCCGUAAAGAGUGCUGAGCCGAGCACCUAUUCGAAGAAAAAGAAUCUGCUGGACGGACUGGAACGCCGUAUGACGGCAAAAGAGGCAUUUCUGCAGAACAAGCUGGAAGAAAUCGAGCUUGAGAACAAGACGAGAGAUGAAAAGUUAAGAUGUUUGGAAGAGAAAUUACAUGACAUCGAGCAGAAUCUCAAAAGGAGCAUUAGCUAUGCGCCAUCCGAGGCUAGCACCAAGGCGAUCGAGGAUGACCUCUGCAACAAGUUGGACGACAUGGAACAAUGCAUAACAGCAGAUGAGAAUGUAGUGCAGAGCAACCCAGAAGAAGUAGAGCAGUUGUCGACUGACUCAAAUUUCCAAAAGAGGCAGAGCGAAGUGGAAAACAGUAUGAAAGCAAAGGAAGACGCCUUAAAGGAAACGGAAAAGAAACUGACUGCUCAGUUCAACAGUCUGGAUGAAAAAUUGGAGGAAAACCUCGAAAAGCAGCGUGACCAUUCUGCAGUGGUACCGAAAGUUGUAAACAGUCUAGUUGAUUCGAACAAAUAUUGCUCGGAUAUUGCAACGAAACAUGGUGGAAAACACCGAGUCGCAUUUCAGUUCAAUCAGCCUGCACUGGUAUACUGUGACCAUACCGAAUUUGGUGAUGGUUGGAUUGUUUUCCAACACCGAUACAACGGUCAAGUGAACUUUUUCCGUAAUUGGGAUGACUAUCGGGAUGGUUUUGGAAACUUGGACGGUGAAUUUUGGCUUGGACUGCAGCAUCUUCAUAAGCUCACCUCUGGCGGAAAGUAUCAACUAUUGGUGGAGAUGGAAGAUCACGCUGGAAAGUACGUAUAUGCAAAAUACGAUGAAUUCGCAGUUCUAAGUGAAAAAGACUGGUACAAACUGGAAGUUGGGUGUUACAGUGGGACAGCAGGAGAUUUUAUGCUAAUCAGCAAAGGUUACCAUUUUGAUACUGAGGAAGAAGACCAUAUUUUGCUAAAAAAUCCUGGCAACUGGUAUGGAGGCUGGUGGAGUAAGCCAGCCGAUUGUCAAUAUGUGAAUUUCAACGGUUCAGAAAUUGGGACGAUGGCUUUUACUAGAAUGAUGCUACGUAAAACUGGUUAA